AUGGCGGAGCAUGUGUUCUUUCCUGACGAAUCCCCAAAGCCUCUUCGGAUUGAGUACAACGGUUCGCUAUAUGAUGGAGGUGAUUGGGAUCAGUUCCCGACUCGCUGUGGCUGGAAACUGGAAACAGGAGCUGAAAAAUUUCCUCCGCGUCAAAUUCCGCAGAGCUUCCACUCUGAGAUAGAAUGCUGGCUCUACUUCGGCAUGCUCCACUAUGAAGAAGACCCUCGGCAGUAUAUAACGACAAAGCAUCUCGAUAAAUAUGUCAGCAAUGCCAAGGAAUGGAAGAAGAGGAAACUCGGCGAGCGAGCUAUUGACAUUGUCAAAAAAGUCUGCGAGCAACUUUCCGGGUACGGCCCUUUGUACGUGCGGAAUGAUAUGGCAUUGGCUAUUCGGCUGGUCUGCUAUGCUCUCUGGAAUAUUGCAGACAAACGAGAUGGUCCUCAGACCCAGACCCAUUGUGUUAAGUCAUGGUUGUUCACCGGAGAAUCUGACUGUAGGCGGAUGGUCGCGGAGGGAUGGUGCCCCUUAGAGGCAGCCAAGUGUCGUAUCGCCGGUGGUGGAGUGGACACCCCAGUGUAUCUGCUUCAGUUAAGGCGUUUUAAGGCUGAAUGGAAUACAAUAACGCAUGAGCGCUGCAAGAAGACAGAAUGUGUGGCCAACAACAUCGAUGAGAGCGACUAUGUCACUCGACACGUGCAAGAAGAGUGCACCUGUUCGUACCUCCAGUCCAAUGUCGAGCAGCUGCAUAAAAUCCUCCUAGAUGGAGGGGUUCCACUUUUGAUGCUCACGCCUGAUGGCGAGGACGAGCUCGGCAACCAGAAUAUCAAGGUUGAGAUUGUGAGAAAGCGCGUGGGCAGGCAGUACUUGGCCAUCUCGCAUGUGUGGUCUGAUGGGCUAGGUAACACAGAGGGCAACAGUCUCCCAACCUGCCAAUUAAAGCUCCUUUAUGAGGAGGCAAGACGUGUCCUCACUGGCAGCGAAUAUGUCCCUCGCUAUGAGGGGGGCCCAUUCGGACCAUUACACACUGGCGUGGCUCGACUAGCCCAUUUCGCGGGCAGCAAAACUCUGCGCAGAGAUGAUUCAGUACUAUUGUGGAUUGAUACCUUAUGCAUACCACAUCAGCCUGACGUUCGGAGCUUGGCGAUUCAGCGCAUUCGUGAAGUAUACGUAGAUGCUUACCGGACGAUGAUCCUUGAUUCAGAGAUGAGGCACGUGAAUGCCAGCUCUAGGAGUCACCUAGAACUUCUCCUGAGGGUGCUGUACUGCUCGGGCUGGAUGCGCCGGUUAUGGACGCUUCAAGAAGGACUGGCCGCCAAGAGCCGGCUGUAUAUGUUGUUCUCUGAUAAGGCAGUCAACAUUGCCACCAUCGCCGACGAGCUCCUGACCAAGCUUGACCGAGGAAAAAUGCCCAUCAUGCAGGAGAGGAUUACCACCUUCGCCAUGGGUGUCUGGUUCAGCUUCUUUAAACAUACCAUCGACUUCACAUCCAAAUUCGAACGUUUCGUCAACUUGGUUGCUAUUACUAGUCCUUGGGGCGGAAACGACAUUACCAGAGAUCAGCUCAUCGUAUGGAAUUGGUUUAAUGUAGCCACACGAGCCACCAGCAAGGCACGCGAUCGCCCAACCAUCCUAGCGGGAAUUCUCAAUCUCGACUUGAAGGAAAUCCUCGAGGCCAAGGGAUCCGACGAACGAAUGCGGAAGUUCUACAGUCUAAUUGACAGUUUCCCCCAAGGCGUGCUGUUCCAGCCUGGACCACGGUUUGAAGAUUAUGGAAUGCGCUGGGCGAUGAAGGUGUGUCAAUAUACCGAAGAGAUCCAAUAUCUCAUGGGCGAACCCGGAAAAAUUACACCUCGAGGACUCAAGGUCACAGAUUAUACGUCGUGGGUAUUCCCAUCCCGCAUAGUGUUCGACCUCAGACUCUUUGACCUUGACCCUAGGCAGGGGCAACUGGCUUGGGAGCAGUGGAUCAAAGAGCACAAUCUCGAAGAAGCCAUCAGCUUGUCCAAUGUCUGUCUGCUGAAGACCAAAACCGCCAUCGUUUUCGAACCAGAUGGGACAUACGGGAUUAUUGCGAGUGGGUCAAAAGGCUCUCGACCUGGAUCAAAUGAAGCGUGUGCAGUGGUGUCACUGCACACGACGGAGGAUGCAGUUCAUUAUGGACAAUAUGAAGGCCUGGGAACAAUCAAGUCUAUUGGCAGCUUUGCAGAAUGGCCAGAGGGAGGGUAUUUUGUGCCAGUAACCUGGGAUGAGCGGCAAGAACGUGAAUGGAUUGUUGGUUAA